GCUUUAACGCUACCGCGUCAUAGAUUAGUGAGCUCGCUUUCCUCACCCAAAUAAUAGAUUCUAUUUUGCGGCUUCUAGAUCUAGUGAUCAAGUCCAUAAUAAACUUCUGAAGCAUGGCUUCUUUACCACCAAAGAGGAAAGUUUGUUAUUACUAUGACGGAGACAUUGGCAAUUAUUACUAUGGACAGGGACAUCCCAUGAAGCCACACAGAAUAAGGAUGACCCAUAAUUUGAUUCUGAACUAUGGUCUUUAUCGCAAGAUGGAAAUUUAUCGCCCACAUAAGGCCACAGCAGAAGAAAUGACCAAAUUUCACAGUGAUGAUUACAUUAAAUUCUUGCGUAGUAUUCGACCUGACAACAUGGCAGAAUACAACAAACAAAUGCAAAGAUUUAAUGUCGGUGAAGAUUGCCCUGUAUUUGAUGGGAUGUAUGAAUUUUGUCAAUUGUCUACGGGGGGGUCAGUUGCUGGUGCAGUAAAACUGAAUAAACAAGCUGCAGACAUAGCUGUAAAUUGGGCUGGUGGCCUUCAUCAUGCCAAGAAGUCUGAAGCAUCUGGAUUUUGUUAUACCAAUGAUAUAGUUUUAGGUAUCUUGGAGUUGUUGAAAUAUCAUCAGCGUGUUCUCUAUGUAGAUAUUGACAUUCACCAUGGUGACGGUGUUGAAGAAGCUUUCUACACCACUGAUAGAGUAAUGACUGUUUCCUUUCACAAGUAUGGUGAAUAUUUCCCUGGGACUGGAGACUUGAGGGACAUUGGAGCAGGCAAGGGCAAGUACUAUGCUGUUAAUUUUCCUUUGAGAGAUGGCAUUGAUGAUGAAUCCUAUGAAAGUAUAUUCAAACCAGUUAUUACCAGAGUGAUGGAGAUGUUCCAGCCCAGUGCUAUUGUGUUACAGUGUGGAGCAGAUUCACUUACAGGAGAUCGUCUUGGUUGUUUUAAUCUUACAUUAAAAGGUCAUGGCAAAUGUGUUGAAUUUAUUAAGAAAUGGAAUCUGCCAAUCUUACUUCUUGGUGGUGGAGGAUAUACUAUUCGUAAUGUAGCAAGAUGCUGGACAUAUGAGACUUCUAUAGCUUUAAAUUCUGACGUAGCCAAUGAAUUACCAUACAAUGAUUACUUUGAGUACUAUGGACCAGACUUUAAACUCCAUAUUAGUCCAUCAAAUAUGGCAAAUCAAAACACUCCUGAAUACAUGGAUAAGAUCAAAACUAGAUUGUUUGAAAACUUAAGAAUGCUGCCUCAUGCACCAGGUGUUCAAAUGCAAGCUAUCCCAGAGGAUGCACUAAAUGAUGAGAGUGAUGAUGAAGAUAAAGCCAAUCCUGAUCAGAGAAUAUCUAUUCGCCAAGCAGACAAGAGAAUUGCUUGUGAGGAAGAGUUCUCUGACAGUGAAGAUGAAGAUGGUGGAAGGAAAGAUAAGAGAGAUCAUAAGAAAAAAAGACAAAAGACUGACGGUGAAGAUAAAAAAGAUGGAGACAAAGAUUCCAAGAGGGACGACAAGGAAGUCAAGAAAGAAGUUCCAGAUGUUAAAGAAGAACCAAAAAGUGUCAAUGAAAAGGAGGACAAGUCAGCAUCUCUGGCAGACAAAAAAGCUGAUGCUGCUCCAUCUACUCCUAAAGGAGGGGAUGCUACAUCUGCUCAUGACAAUAGCAAAGAUAAAGAUCUGAAAGAAUCAGAUGCAAAGGUAUCUGCUGGUGGAAUAGUGUCAGGAACUGAAGUGGAGAAAAUGGAACAUUGAUGAUUGCUAUUAGGCAUUUUAACUAUUGUAUUAUAGCAAUUUUUUAAAUGUGUAUAAAAGUUUUGUCAUCUGUUAACAGCCAGUAUCAGUCAUCAUCAUUAAUAAUUUUAGUUACACAAGUAGUUAUUGUUGAAGUAAUUAUACAGCUAGAUCAAAUCUAGACACUGAGUCUGAAACUUAAAGAAAAACAUUUGUGCAUAUCUAUUUAAAAAAAUGUUUUUCUUAGUUUAAAAAAUACUUGUUUAUAGCUUCAUGUAUUUUAGUAAAAAUGUUUUUUUCAGAAUUGCUAAAAAGGUUAGUUUUUUCAUAUAUAAAAUAUAAAAGUGUUAAAAAUAAUUUCACCUGAAAUACUUUUUGUUUCUUGGACAUUUAUUGCGGCUCCUUGAGAUGUUAUCAAUUUCGCAUAUAUGCAGAUCCAGUGGUGUGUACUGGCAAUACUAAAUGACUACAGUUUAGAAGUGGUGCAUUUGAGAUCAUCCAUUUCUGUGUAUUCUUUGCCACUGGUGUGGUAUCAUUUAACACUGUACCUGAUGGUGCUGCAAUUUUAUAUGUAUAUAUUUAUAUUUCUCUUUGAGCUGUUCACAAGCAGAAGUGGAUAUUUUAAAAAUUGCAUGGCUUAAUGCUUUGCUGGUUUUAUUGCUUAUUGUAAAUAAGGUUAUUCUAUGCUGACAGAUACUUAUGUUGAAAUUUUGCAUUUCACUAUUUUUAUCUUACUUAGUAUGAUCUGCAACUAAUGAAUGAAGUGUGAUAGUAUGGAAGUGAAUUGUUAUCUUUUAUUGUACUUUUUUAUUUUAAUAAACUCAAAUGUUGAUGUCA